UUAAAACUUAGUUGCUAUAUUUCAAAAAGUGAAAAUCCAGACACAAAAGUUGUUGAGUGAUUUUUUUUUAAAAAAGGAAUUCGCCAAAAUCUACACUUUUGGCACGGGCUGCCAUAUGUCCAGAUUUUCCUGGAGAUUUCAGUGAUUUCCGCCUGGGCAAUGUUUCUGACAACCGUCUAUGUCUGGGAAAUUCCGGACGUAUGGCAGCUCUAUAAAUGUUUGGACAUAAACUGAGUGAAUGUCUAGCAGCUACCAGCCACAGAUACAGCCUUUGGGGUGUGUGUGUAAAGAGUGGGUGGUUGCUGUGCAGCUUCAGGUGGCCUGGACUGAAACUAUCGUAGUUCUCUGGUGCUAGUUUAGUUGCAGGAGCCCCCAGGCUCAGUUCCCAGGGGAUGUAAAAAGCAACAUCAAAAAGAAAGUUCUGCUGGAUCAGACCAAAGGCCUCCUUAGUCUCAGCCUCUGGCUUGCCCCAACAGCCAGCCUGUUUUUAGAAUUCUAGAAGGUGGUGCUGGGAGACAACUGCUCUGCUCCACGGCCUUUGCCCUUAGUUAUGUGGCUGCUAGAUUUUGCACCAGUUGAAGCUUCCAAGUCGUCUUCAAGGGCAAGCCCCACAUAGAGCAUGUUGAAUAACCACCCUUUUGUGUGUCCUGAACGUUCCAGCGUUCAGCUUCCUUGGAUGGCCCCAAAUGUUACUAUUAACAUUGUGGCAAUAGAUUUAUGGAAGCCUUUGCCAUGGAAGGUGUUCUAUGUCUUAUAAAGGGUCGCUGAGGACAUUUUCUUAGAAGCAAGUUUCUCGGAUGGUACAUUUCCAGACGUGUUGUAUUCCAGACUGAUGGCGUCGGGCACAGCGAGCCGCUCUGAAGACGAAGAGUCUCUGGCAGGGCAAAAAAGGAGCUCCUCACAGGUGUCGGGUGCCAUUCCAAAACGGCGCAGUUCUUCCAGGUUCAUCAAGCGGAAGAAGUUUGAUGAUGAACUGGUAGAGAGCAGCCUUGCCAAAUCAUCCAGCCGGGCCAAGGGCCCCAGCGGGGUGGAGCCAGGGCGCUGCUCUGGGAGUGAACCCUCUUCCAGUGAGAAGAAGAAGGUGUCCAAAUCCGUCUCUGCACCUGUCACUCCAAGCCCAGCUCCAAACCCCAGCCUCACCAAGCGGAUGAAGAAGAGCAAGCAGCCCUUGCAGGUCACCAAGGAUUUGGGCCGCUGGAAACCCACUGAUGAUUUGUUGCUGAUCAACGCUGUGCUUCAGACCAAUGACUUGACCUCUGUGCACCUGGGAGUGAAGUUCAGCUGCCGUUUUAAUCUGCGGGAGAUCCAGGAGAGGUGGUACGCUCUGCUCUAUGACCCCGUGAUUUCCAAGCUGUCAUGCCAGGCCAUGCGGCAGCUGCAUCCGGAAGCCAUAGCCUCUAUGCAGAGUAAAGUGCUCUUCAGCAAAGCAGAGGAGCAGCUACUAAGCAAAGUAGGAUCGACCAGCCAACCCACCCUGGACACCUUCCAGGACCUCCUGCACAAGCACCCCGAGGUUUUCUACCCCUCCCGCACUGCCAAGGUCCUACAGACGCAUUGGCAACUCAUGAAGCAGUACUACCUCUUGGAUGAUCAAACAGUGCAGCCACUGCCCAAAGGGGACCAGGUGCUCAACUUCUCCGAUGCCGAAGACAUGAUAGAUGACAGCAAACUAAAGGAUGUCCGAGACGAGGUGUUGGAGCAUGAACUGACGGUGGCAGACCGGAGACAGAAGCGUGAAAUCCGUCAACUGGAGCAAGAGCUCCACAAGUGGCAGGUGCUGGUGGACAGCAUAACAGGAAUGAGUUCCCCUGAUUUUGAUAACCAGACAUUGGCUGUGCUGCGUGGAAGAAUGGUGCGUUAUCUCAUGCGCUCCCGGGAGAUCACGCUUGGCAGAGCCACCAAAGACAAUCAGAUUGAUGUGGAUCUAGCGCUCGAGGGGCCAGCCUGGAAAAUAUCCCGCAAGCAAGGUGUCAUCAAACUGAAGAACAAUGGCGACUUUUUCCUGGCAAACGAAGGCCGGCGGCCCAUUUAUGUGGAUGGGCGCCCAGUGCUUUGUGGCAGCAAAUGGAAGCUCAGCAACAACUCAGUGGUGGAGAUUGCUAGCUUGCGCUUUGUCUUCCUCAUCAACCAAGACCUGAUUGCGCUUAUUAAGGCAGAGGCUGCCAAAAUCGCCCAGCCCUGAGGCUUGAAUCAAACCCAAAGCUCCAGUGGACCUGUGUGUGGCUGCCCGCCCCUGCCCCGGACUCCUUUCGCCAGCAGGGACCACUAUGCUUUAUGAUGAAGAUGCAGCUCCAUAGAGCCUGCCCUCCCCUAGGCUAGGACUGAAACUUCUUGGGGGCCUUUUCCUAUGCAGCUGAGGACAACGGCGAGCUCUGCUUCAUCAGUCAGCGGAUCUAUGUAAAAGAAAGGUAUGAGCCAGGCCUUAAACCGGCACCCUCUUUGGGUGUUCUUGGCCGUGUGAGGCAUUUGCUGGCUAGGGUUGUGCGGCUGUUGCGCUCGAUUCUCUUUGGGACAGAGUGAUGAAAACCAGAUUAAGGGCUGGGGGAGUAAGUGUCAAACGAGCUAAUAAAUAGUUGCAAAUCUCA